UCAGACAAAAAAGGAAACACAAUGGGCUUAUCAGCUUCUAAACGAGUCAAAACAACACUCACCAACUCGCCUGAGUUCAACUCUGCCUGUGACUCAGCCUACGCCCACUGUCUCUCUCUAACUCAGAAAGCUUUCCAAGGUGUCCUUCCGUAUCAACUCCUCACAGCCUCUGAUCACAUCCAUGCUACCGUCUCCACCACUCACAAACAACCCCUUAUCGUCAAGUGGGUUCCGUCUCCCCCAACUCGGACCCAAAUCGACUCAGCUCUUCGGAUCGUUGCUCUUCAACAGAACAACAAGAGUGAGGAGGAGUUGAUUCUGGGGCCGGCCCAGUUUAAGGAGUGGGCGGUGGUGCUGUACGCGGGGGCCGCCGUGGGAAAUGCCGGCAAGGCGGUUUUAGCCAGAGUUCCAAUCGGAGUGGCCGGGAUUGUUGGGAUCGGAGCCGUAAUGAGGUCCGGGUUCCAUUUGGUCGGUGCGGCGAUCGGCGUUUACGCGCUAGGGGUUGCUACUUCAAUUUACCUUAGCUUGUCUGGUUGAGUUAAACAAGUAAUGAUAAGAAGAUAGGUGAAGGUGAAGGUGAAGGUAGCUCUCGCAUGCUUGACGUUGAAGAAACCUAAGGGACAAUUCGGGUUGAUAGGCUUAUGUAUAAUAUGAUGUGGAUUUGAUUUGUUUGAAGCUGAAUUCGAAG